GGAGCAGAGCCGUGCAGAUCACACGCACCUGACCGCAGCGUCUCGGAGAGCUCACCUUGGGGUCAGAGGUCGUCAGCAGGAUGGAGAGGCUGCUGAGGAGGUGCCGGAUCAGAAACCCUCUGGUCAGGGAAUGCCUGGCUGAAUGCCUCGGCGUUUACGUCCUGAUUCUGUUUGGAUGUGGCACCGUUGCUCAGGUGACGACGUCUCGAGAAAGAAACGGCCAGUAUCUGUCGAUCAACCUCGGCUUUGCUUUGGGGGUGACGUUCGGGGUCUUUGUGUCCCGUGGAAUCUCAGGGGCUCACCUGAAUCCUGCAGUGACGCUGAGUUUGUGCGUUUUGGGCCGACAUCCAUGGAUGAAACUUCCUUUCUACACUUUCUUCCAAGUGCUUGGAGCCUUUCUGGGUGCAGCCACAGUCGGUCUGCAGUACCACGACGCCAUCCAGAGUUACAGCGGGGGUCAGCUGACGGUGACGGGUCCUUCAGCCACAGCAGGAAUAUUCAGCACUUAUCCGGCUGAAUACCUCAGUUUGGGGGGAGGCUUGUUGGACCAGGUGAUCGGAACCGCUGCUCUGCUGCUCUGCAUCCUGGCUCUGGGCGACCAGAGGAACACCUCCAUACCCGACUGUCUGCAGCCCGUCCUGGCCGGAGCCGCGGUCCUGGUUAUCGGCGUCUCCAUGGGCUCAAACAGCGGAUACGCCCUGAACCCGGCCAGAGAUUUUGGACCUCGCUUCUUCACUUACAUUGCUGGCUGGGGAGAUGAAGUUUUCAAGGCCGGACGUGGCUGGUGGUGGGUCCCGUUAGUCGCUCCCUGCGUCGGGGGUUUGGUAGGAACUCUGAUCUAUGAGCUGCUGGUCGAAGCCCACCAUGCAUCCCUCUGUCCGGAGGAUCAGCCUUCAUGUCAGGGAACCACCGAGGGAAAAACCACCGAGGGAAAAACCACAGAGGGAACGUCUGUGGAGCUGGAGGGAGUGAAACCAAGCGGUGGAAAGUCUGCAUAGCUGUCAAACUGUGCUUUACCAAAGACCAAGGCUGACCGACUGAAGGAUCCGAUUGAGGAAGUCUGUUAUCAGGCAAACAAGCUAUCAGCAUUAUGAUACCUUGGGAGAACCUUUACAGCUGUUUAAUGACGGUCAUAAACCUAAUUUGUCAUUUCUGAGUAACCUAACAGUUUGUUUAGUUCUGAACUUUAAUGAAAUUCAAAAACUAAAUCAGAACCAGGAUAUGAGAUCGAUGUCACAUUCUAGAUGGGGUCUGGGAAACCAGUGGGAUUUGAACACAUGCAGUGUUGAGCGUGUCUGAAGUCUUUCAGGAAGUCUGAUAUCACUUUCUCAUUUGAGCAUUGAGAUCAUGGAGAAAGUGGGCCAAGAACUGAGCCUUGAGGAACCCCACAUGAUCUUUGGUCGUUCAGAUUUAUUACCGACUGACGCAGCGCAGCUCCUACCAGCCAAGAAAGAUGUGAACUAAUCGAGUUAUAUUCUUCUGAGCCAUAAAAAUUUAGUUUUCUACCUCGGAACAAGAACUCUUUCAACUUGGAUUUGAAGUAAUUCACAGAUCUGAUUUCCAAAGAAAUUGUCGAACCGUAUAUUUAGUGUAUUUAUUUCCAUGUAACCGAAAAUGUGUAUUUGCUGGCCACAAAAUGAGCGCAGAAAAUAUCCCGCUACUUAAAAUCCACUUUAAAUGAGACCUCGAUGAAACUUUUGCACAUUUUAGAUAUUUUCCACAUUUAUUUCCAAACAGCACAGAAGU